AUGCCCCGUCCGCAGUUUAUUACGUGCCAGCUAUGCGGCAAGGGCUUCGGAUCGGCCUCAAUCAACAUUCACAUUCCGCAGUGCUUUGAGAAAGCCAUCAAGCGAUGGCAACUGAAUCCGCAAGGACCGCGACCAGUCAUGCCACCGCUCCAUGGCAAGCCGGGUGCCAAGGAAAGAAAUGGUGGUUCCUCCGGCAUUGCCUUCGCCGACCAACCCCGCGGCCCUGGCAUGUCAGCUAUCCGCUCCCUGAAGAUGCAGAGCAUGCCACCGGAAAGUGUCGAGCCGGAGAACAUGAAUCUGCACCCAUGCUCGAAAUGUGGCCGUACUUUCAACUUUGACCGCAUCGCCUACCACGAGAGCGUCUGCAAAGGCGACCAAAAGCGCAGGGUCUUUGACAGUAGCAAGCAGCGGUGUGCAGGCAGCGAGGGGGACGACGCCUACGCUGGUGGCACCUUCGGUGCCCCAAGUGGGGCUCGGAGAGGCCGAACGAAGAAACUGGGCACGGCGAACACCACAAGUCGAUACACCCCCGCUCCGGCCCCGCAGACGAAUUGGCGUCAGCAGCAUGAGGAGUUUAUCACGGCCAUCCGCAGCGCCAGGCGGGCAGAUGCGGAGGCACAGAACAUGUGGGGCACUGGUCCUGCUGCGCCUUCUUACAGCACAUCGAGGGGACUUGCACGCGGUGGUCUCUUCGGCGCGACAUCUUCCGGCUACGGGGAUGGGGCUGGGAUGUCAGCCCGGUUCUCGGCGUCCACUAAACGAAUUCCGCCACUUAUGGCGAAGCAGAAUGAGACGAUCAAGCAGGGCAUCGCGACUGGCGGCCGUGCGGCAAGGGCAAAGGAGGGCGGCGGCAUCCCCGCGCCGAGAAUGGGGCGUCCUGUAGGGCGUCCGACUCCGCCUUCGGGACGAGACAGUUUCAGCGGCCGCAGCGACAGAUUCAGUAGCCGUGGCGGUGGAGGCGGCAUGGGUGGUGGUGGUGGUGGUGGCCGCGUUCUAAACGACAACACGACAAGCGUAGGCAUGCUGCAGGCCAUGGGGAGAGCCUAA